UUCGAGCGCCGUGCGGCAGACCGCCGUGUUCCGACGCAACGUGGAGUUGUUUACUAUUUCUGACAUCCUGUCGAGUGAAAAGAACUGAUGUAAAUCCCUCAAACCCGCAUCCACCUGUUGGAAACUGGACUAGUGUGCCUAAAGAAGAAAUGGGGAAGCCAAAGAAGAAGAGUGAUCUCAGCCGGGCUGAGCUGAUGAUGAUGACCAUUGCUGAUGUCAUCAAGCAGCUGGUUGAAGCCCACGAAGACGGCAAAGACAUCAACCUCAACAAAGUAAAGACAAAGACUUCAGCUAAAUAUGGACUUGAGGCUCAGCCUCGAUUGGUUGAUAUCAUCGCUGCUGUUCCUCCGCAGUACCGACGAGCUCUGGUGCCCAAACUGAAGGCCAAACCCAUCCGCACUGCCAGUGGGAUCGCAGUUGUAGCUGUGAUGUGCAAACCGCAUCGAUGUCCCCACAUCAGCUUUACAGGCAACAUCUGUGUCUACUGUCCUGGUGGACCCGACUCAGACUUUGAGUACUCCACACAGUCUUACACCGGCUAUGAGCCGACGUCCAUGAGGGCGAUCCGAGCACGUUAUGACCCGUACCUGCAGACCAGACACCGGGUGGAGCAGCUGAAGCAGCUCGGUCACAGUGUGGACAAGGUGGAGUUCAUCGUGAUGGGCGGGACCUUCAUGGCUCUGCCUGAGGAGUACAGAGAUUACUUCAUCAGGAACCUCCACGACGCUCUGUCAGGACACACGUCCAACAACGUGGCCGAGGCCGUCAGGUACUCUGAGCGCAGCAACACCAAGUGUGUGGGAAUCACCAUCGAGACGCGACCCGACUACUGCCUGAAGCGACACCUCAGCGACAUGCUGGGCUACGGCUGCACCCGGCUGGAGAUCGGAGUCCAGAGCGUGUACGAAGACGUGGCCCGGGACACCAACAGAGGCCACACGGUGCGCGCUGUGUGCGAGUCUUUCCACCUGUCGAAGGACGCCGGCUUCAAAGUGGUCGCACACAUGAUGCCAGACCUGCCCAACGUGGGCAUGGAGAGAGACGUGGAGCAGUUCAUCGAGUUCUUUGAGAAUCCGGCGUUCAGGCCGGACGGUUUGAAGCUGUACCCGACGCUGGUGAUCCGAGGCACGGGUCUGUACGAACUGUGGAAGACGGGCCGGUACAAGAGCUACACGCCCAGCGCCCUGGUGGACCUGGUGGCCCGAAUCCUUGCACUGGUGCCGCCGUGGACCCGAGUGUACCGCGUGCAGAGGGACAUCCCCAUGCCCCUGGUGAGCUCCGGAGUGGAGCACGGCAACCUGAGAGAGUUGGCUCUGGCCCGGAUGAAGGACAUGGGCACUGAGUGUCGAGACGUGAGGACCAGAGAAGUCGGCAUUCAGGAGAUCCACCACAAAGUCAGACCGUACCAGGUGGAGCUGGUGCGGAGGGACUACACGGCCAACGGCGGCUGGGAGACCUUCCUCUCCUACGAGGACCCUGAGCAGGACAUCCUGAUCGGCCUGCUGCGUCUGCGUCGCUGCUCUCCUCAGUCCUUCCGGGCGGAGCUGAAAGGAGGCGUGUCCAUCGUCCGCGAGCUGCACGUUUACGGAAGCGUCGUCCCCGUCAGCAGCCGAGACCCCAGCAAGUUCCAGCAUCAGGGUUUUGGGAUGAUGCUGAUGGAGGAGGCGGAGAGAAUCGCCAGAGAUGAACACGGCUCACACAAAUUGGCUGUUAUCUCAGGUGUAGGAACGAGGAACUACUACAGGAAGAUGGGCUACGAGUUGGAAGGACCAUACAUGGUGAAGGACCUGUAUGAACCCAGAAAUGACUGAACCUGGUCCGUGUCACAUCUGGACAGCAGCUGCAUCGGCACACGUUUUUUUAUUUAUCAAGACACUGUUCUGGGGACAGUUUCUGCAGUUCAUUCAGUGGAACGUGUUCUUUGUUUCCAGCGUCGGAGGAGAUGAUAGUUGGGGUUCUCCUCACAGUUCCUGCUUUUAUCUAGUGCUGUCGGGGAAAUGCUGUUGUAACUCCUCCCACUUCCUGUAGGUGAGCAGAAGGUGUGAGAGGGCGUACGGAGUGAAGUCACUCGGGAAGAAGCCGGAGAAUCUCGUGGACGCAGUUUUGAGUCCAGUUUUAGAAGCAAACAUUUUUCUGACGCGUUAAAAGAAAAGUACAGUUUCAGUCCAGUCUGCCCACUAACAAUAGCAUGUUAGCAUUUUUAGCUUCCCACAUCUGGGUACCACCGAAGCCUUUCCAGGGAACUCUGUGUACUGAUUCAGAAGCGAGAGCGAUCCUGCCGAAACGUUUUUAUUGUGUUGCAUGUCUAGGUGUCUCUAAAUAAUUUGUAAUGUGUUCGUCCGGGAUGAGAAACCUGCUCAGCAUCACGCUCCCAGUUAAUCAUGUUUAUGCCGCAAUUAAAUAGAAACCCCAUUACGAGCCAAGUAUUCAUUAAUGGUUGGCAGUGGAUGAAUGAGCAGUGGGGAAGCGUCCUCGCUGGGCAGCCGUUGUGUAAUUGCUCAAUUUUGAUUUAUAGGGCAGGAAAUUGAAUAUUAGCGUUACAUAAAUUGCUUUUUAAAGCCCCACAGUUAAUCCUGUUUCUUGUUUUUCUGUCAUGCAUUCUUAGGCGUCCUGUAUUCUGGUUGAUUCCAGAUGUUGUGCCCAUCACUUGACCAUUUUUGUCUCAGAAUAAAGUCUAUUUCAGAGUGUUUGC